UUUUUGUAAUGAGAUGUCAGACAGAUUCCAUACUUUAUGUCUCUUUUGUCCCAUCAUCAUUGCCUAGAAGCACAGAAAAUGCUGAAUGUGAACUCCACAUCCUUCCUUUAAUAACCCUGAAAGCAUUCAAGACAUUUCACACCUUAGGCAACCUCAUGUGAAUGAAAACCAGCAGCAUUUUACAUGAAUUUAGAGCCCUGAUAUUGGCCAAAACUAGAAAAAAGGCUCAAGGAGGGAAAGAGGAGACCAGUAAACACAUUCUCCCAGCGCGGUCAUUACUGCUGCCCAGUAACACCAAAGGGAUGGACUUAGUUCUUCUAGUCUGAUCCAUUUAAGUCUGAAAUCAAAGACAAGAAGGAAGGUGAUCUGCCCAUGGGAGUUUUAAACUCAUGUUAUGAUUCCUCUCUGGUUAUUCAAGAAAAGUGUGUGAUAAAGUCACCAGCUUGGUUAGGUAGUUUCUGUGUACCAUUCAAAGUAUAUGACCAUGUAUGUGUUUAGUACUGACUGAGAUGGUUGGUAGUCAGCUCAAGGCUCUAUCUGUUAGCUAAAAUGCAGUAUAUCCCUUAAUGAUGAACUUACUAAUAUGGAAUGAGAUCUGCGCACAGACUAUCCUCCAUUUGGUGGAUCUACUUUGACAAUACAACAGCUGGUAACAACUUUUGUAACUUAUCUAGAGCAAUCUGAAUUUCUCUACUGGCAGAAUUUCUGUCCAUGGCAGCUUCAAAACACCUCAUUGGUUAUGUCUUAUGGCUCAAAUUUAGUCCAAUACACAUGAAAGGGGUUAAGGGAUUACAUUAUCACACAACUGAGAAGCAAUCUAUGGUUUUCUGGGCCACCAACCAUCACUGCUGUUCAUUGCAAUGGGCAAACUGUCUUCUGGAGGUGACAGAGACAGGUAUUCCCUAUAGUAACAUUUUGAACAGGAGUUACAUUGCACAGGUCGUUUUUAAUACUGGCCAUUUUUUUUCACCCCAAAAAGAACCCAUUAGAUAUCUCUUCUCCUUCUCCAUCCUUCUGGAAGAGGAAUUUCAGUUGUGACAGUGGGGAUGACCAUGUAGAAUCUGUAAUUAUCAGUGUCAAGACUGCCCAGCAUUAAAGCCAGUUCCUUGGCGUUAGCUGGAUGUAGGACCUUGGACAUGGUGAAAGUCAACAGCGCAUCUGUGCUUCCUUGAGGAAUCGGGUUGAGUAAUAAUAACAGUUGGCAAGCUAACCACAAACUCUUGGCAAACUGUGAGGCAACUGCAUCUUAUGUCACUUUGUUUCCCUCCAUUUUUCUAAAUUGUGGUCAGAAGUUCAUGGAUUAGCCAGAAAUCUAUCUAUCACUUCUUUUAUACUGAAAAAUACUUCUCUGAAAGGGUGGUCAGGCAGUGGAAUGGGCUGCCCAGGGAGGUGGUGGAGUCACUCACCCUGGAGGAGUUCAAGGAACAUUUGGACAUUUUGAUGAAGGACACGGUUUAGUGAGAGCUAUUGGUGAUGGGUGAGUGGUUGGGCUGUAUGAUCCUGUUGGUCUUAUCCAACCUUGGUGAUUCUGUGAUAAUGUAAAAUAGGAUAUGAAAAAAUACUUGGUGUCUUUGGGUAGAUACUGGACAUGCCAAAGUCAGCAAGGGACUUGGUGCAAGGGAAGAUUGGUAGAUUAGAGGGGACUCACAAAUGUGCCUACGUUCCUCAGAUUUUCACUUUUGCAGAUUGAGUUUGGAUUGGAUUUGGAUUCCAAAUAGUGCCAUAAAACAAAGUGAGUUUGAAUGGUUGUUUGCAAGUGCAGCUGUGCCCUGAAAGUAGAGCCAGUUUCCAAGAUGUUCUGGAUGGCUUAUGGAUUUUGAGUUUGAAUUGUCUACAACAAGAUCCUAUAAAUGCACUGAGAACCCAUUCAAGUAUUUGACAGCCAUGACUGUAAGAGGUUUUUACCUUAUACCAAAUUGGAACCUCAGUUAUAUUUUGUGUCUGAUACCUCUCAUACUUCCUCUGUGAACCACAGAUGAGUGUGCCUCCAUCUUCUUUACCAUGACCAUUAGAUAUUUAUGAACAGCAAUAAAACUCCCUUUCAAGAGUCUUUUCUCUAAGCAUCCAUACUGGAUGCUAAGCUGAUGGACUGGGCACUUAGGCAGUGGUCUGGUGGUUGGUCUAGAUGAUCUUAGUGGCCUUUUCCAACCUUAAUAAUUCUCUGAUUCUAUGAAUCUAAUGGCCUUUUAUUUUAAUUUCCUGUGUCCACUCUGUGUUCUUCUAUUUAUUGAACAGAAAAUAAAUGGAUUGGGAGAGCAAAGAGGCACAAAAUGCAAUGUAUAUAUUGCAAUGGAUUAAAUUGCUCCUACCCAGGAACAGUUUAACUUCUGUCCCAAUAUGUGGCCCAGACCACAGCGGCUUAACGUACCUUACACAAACUGGUGUGUCACAAGAGGUAUUGCAUGAAGAACCUGGGAUUCUCCAGUAGAAAGUCUUUGUAGGUUCAGAGACCAACACUGCUUUUUGACUGGGAAGUGAGAAGAAACUUCAUUCUGGUUGGGUUAGAAGUCACCAAAAAGAUGGGUCACUUUUUGAUUGGCUUGAUGUGGGCUUACUGGAAAGGGAAAACAAGUAUGUUAUAAAAGAGGGUCUCAGUCCCACAGCCAAAGCUGUCUGGAGGGAAGGGACCAAGAAGUGUUCACGUUUGGCUUUUGGGCUCAUCUGAUAUCCGCAUCUCAGCAGAUCUGAAGCCAUGAGGAUUCUUUACCUGCUUUUCUCUCUCCUCUUCCUGGCACUCCACGUUUCUCCAGGGUUGUCUUCGCCCCGGAGGGACAUGUUGUUCUGUAGAAGAGGGACCUGCCACUUUGGAAAUUGUCCCAGCAAUAAAAUCAGAGUUGGAAACUGCUUUGGAUUCCGUUCCUGCUGCAAAUGGCCAUGGGAUGUAUAAAAACUUCAAGAGUCCAUCCAAGAGCUUUGAUGAUUUCAUCCAGGAACCUGCUUUGGAUCCCCUUCAUUCUACAGCAAAGCCUCAGCAGCAAGAAGAACCCUCUCGUGUUUAAUGCAGUAUGUUUUGUGUCGUAAAUACAAAUAUCUUCUGCACUGCCUUUCAUCCUCUUGAAUAAAUUGUCACUGCAUAUCAUCUA